GACUCGGCGAUUAAAAAAAGUUUUAUUACAUAUGAAAUGAAAUGACAAUAAAUAAUACAGUAUUGACAGCAAAAAUGGGCAACUUUUUCAUUAUAUUUGUUUUGUUUGCAUUAAUCAGUCAUUUAUUAUGUGCUGACAGUCAUCAUCACAGCAACUGUUCCGACACUACCACAGAUCCCGAUGAAGAACGCAAUGCGGUUGAGAUAAUCACUUCUCGCGGUUUCAAAGCAGAAACACAUUAUGUGGUCACAAAAGACGGCUAUAUUUUAGGAAUCCAUAGAAUAAUUAACACUCAAUAUUCACAUUCAAAUCAAACCCUUAAACCCCUUCUCCUACAACACGGUCUGUUGGGAUCGUCUACCGAUUGGCUCAUUAAUAGUCCGUUUCUGAACGGAUCUUAUGAUCAAUUAAAUACAAUUAAUGAAAAUGUUGGCAAUAAUUUGGGGUUUGUUUUGGCACAACAUGGAUACGAUGUCUGGCUUUCAAAUUCAAGGGGAAACACAUACUCAACAAAUCAUACAAUUUAUAAAACAAGCGAGAAAAAAUAUUGGAGAUUUACUUUUGAUGAGAUGUCUGAAUAUGAUUUGCCAGCUAUUAUCAAAUAUAUAACUAAGGCUACUAAUCAAAGUUCUAUCGGAUACAUAGCUCACUCUCAGGGAACAGCCAUUAUGUUCGCUCUAUUAGCAUCAAGGCCAGAAUUUUCUCAAAUAAUUAACCCAUUCAUAGCAUUAGCACCGGUUGCUUAUGUCUCAGAUAUUAUUACACCAAUUCGAUACAUUGCUGAAUUCAAUGAUGUUCUCAGGUUUAUUGGUGGUAAAUUUCUACCCUCCGACAAAUUGAUGACAUAUUUGGCCGAAGAAUUAUGUGACACUAAAAUGAGAAUCAUUUGCUCCAAUAUAUUGUUCCUGUUGUCCGGUUUUGAUGAACAGCAGCUAAAUAUGACACGAUUGGGAGUAUACUUCACGCACACACCCGCAGGCACUUCCAGUUGGAAUGUCGCCCAUUUUGGACAGUUAGUCGAAAGCAAAAAGUUUCGCAAAUUUGAUUACGGAGAGUAUGAAAACAAGAUAAUCUACGGCCAAAAGACACCUCCAAAUUACAAUCUUUCAUCAAUCACAUCCACCAAAAUUGCAUUAAUCUAUUCGUUGAAUGACUGGUUGGCAGAUCUCGCAAAUGUAGUUCAACUCAAACAAGAACUCAAAGUGCCACUUCUGGCGGAAUAUUUGGUGCCAUACGAGCGCUGGAGUCACACCGACUAUAUCUUUGGGAAGGAUGCCGGCCUCUAUGUGUACUCUAAAGUGCUGGAGAUUUUAAGCAAAACCUAACCUCAAGAUAACUUAAUUGAUUAAUUUAAUACUCG